AUGCCGCGCGAGAUCGUCACCAUCCAGCUCGGUCCGCAGGCCUCGUGGGUGGGAGCGCACUUUUGGAACUUCCAGGACGAUUCGCUGCACCCAGAGAUGGCCGCCGACGGCUCGCCUGACCCCGACGCCGCCGACCCGGCGGUGCUCUACCGCUCCGGCGGCGGCGAGCGGCAGAGCACGCGCACGCCGCGGCUGGUGGUGUGCGACCGAUCCGACGGCUUCGGUUCGCUGGGUGCGCAGGGCCGGCGCGUGCCGACGGCGGGCUCUUCCUGUAGCGGCGGGCAGGGAGGCGAGCCGCCACCGGUCGACCCGCUCGCAUGGGGCGGCGGCGUGACGACGGUGACGAUGGAGGCGGUGGAGCCGUCGCCCUUUGUGCGCACCCUCUACGCCGGGGCCGGCCGCGCUGACGAGGACGAGGGCGAGGAGGGCGAGGAGGGCGACGAGGGCGACGAGGGCGAGGAGGGCGAGAUGGAGCGGCGGAGGAGCCCUCGACCGACGGCCACACCAGCGGUCGAGGUGGAGGAGGGAGGGAGCGCGCCGAGCGCGGCGGCCUUUGAUUUCGAGGCGACCGCCGCGUACUGGUCCGACUACCUCCAGGCGCAGCUUCACUCCCGCUCGGUGGCGCCGCUGCGGCCGCACAGCCACAACUUUUCGCAGCUCGAGCUCUGGUCCGAGGGCGAGUCGCUGAUGAGGCGCGAGGAGGCGGCGCUCGACGGCGACUCGCCCGCCCUGCUCGAGCGGACGCGCCGCUUCCUCGAGGAGUGCGACAAGCCGCAGGGCUUCCUCCUCCUCGCCGACGUCGACGGCGCUCCUCGAGCCCGCCUCCGCGUCGCAGGCGCCUUCGGCGGCCUCGGCUCCGCCCUGCUCACGCGGAUCCGAGACGAGAUGAGCGCCGCGCCUUGCCUCGCCCUCGGCCUCGGCACGUGCCCCGCGCCGCAGCCGCACCCGCAGCCGCACACGGCCUGCGUCGCCGCGCUGAACGACGCCCUCGCCCUCACCGCCUUCGGCGAGCUGCGCAGCUGCUACGUGCCUCUCGUGGGGCACGCCUCCGCGGCCGACCCGCCGCGGCCGCCGCUCGUCCGCCCCGCCUCUCCGAGCGCCGCCCGCCCGUGCCGCUACACCACCUCCGCCCUGCCCGCCGCGUGGCUCGACGUCGUGAGCCUGCCGCUCCGCACGCGCGGAGAGAGCCGGGGCGGCCUCACGCGGCUGCUGGGAGGGCUGCAGGUCGCGCCGCGCUUCCACCUCGGGUCUCCCGUCCUCGGGCUGCCCCUCCCUCCCCCGACUCUCGGCGAGGUAGAGCCGACUGGCCGGAGGGCGUGGUCACUGCCUUCGGGCGGAGUCUUCUCGCCCACGGCUCUCCUCUGCCCGCUCGCGCCGUGGCAGCUGCCGCCGCUCCGCGCGAUCGCCUUCUCGCAGAGCGUCAGCUGCCUCGGCUUCCCGCCGCAGCCCCUCGCCGCCGUGAGCGUCAUCCCGCCCCUGCUGCCCUGCCGCUCGAGCAUGAACGUGUCGAUCUUCACGCGCACCGCGCCGCUCUCGCUGCCGCUGCCCUUCCCGCAGUUCUUCACGCCCGAUCUCGGCUCGGCUGGCGAGCUGCUGCCGCCCGCGCUCGACCGCGCACCGCGCCCCUUCGCGCCGCGCCGCGAGGGGGAAGAGGUCUUCUCGCUCCCGGCGACGGCCGCGCUCCAGUCGAGCCCUGCGAUUGGGCCGCUGGUGCAGCGGGUGGCGGAGGAGUGGGCGGCGCAGCGCCGCGCCGCCGAGCAUCGCCUCGCGGCCGAGUGGGGCGCCGACGAGCUCGCGGAGGUCACCGAGGACCUACUGGCUCUGCGCGACGCCUACGCCACGGGCGACGCCGACGGCUCCGAGUCGAACGGCAGCGAAGAUUGA